AUGGCGAUUUCACAGCAAGAACCUCAAUCACAACCUUCUUUGUUCCUAAAUUCCACCAAUCACAAUGUCUUUGGACCGAAACUCUCCAUCAAGCUUCAGGAGAACAACUUUCUUCUAUGGAAUCAACAAGUUAAAGGGAUUAUACUUUCACACAAACUCCACAAGUUUGUUGCAAAUCCCCAAAUCCCUCUGAUUUUUAAAUCGGAUAAAGAUCAUCUCGCCAACAAAGUGUUUGAUGAGUAUGAAACCUGGAUUGUUCAAGAUCAAGCGUUCUUCUCAUGGCUUCUUUCAACGAUCUCAAAAUUGGUGCUUCCUAGGGUUCUUUCUUGCAAGCAUCGUUACCAAAUUUGGGACCAGAUUCACAAGCACUUCAACAUUGUCAUGAAAGGUAGGGUUCAUCAGCUUUGA